CCCUCGCUCGCUGUUCAUCGGACGCAGACGAGGAGUCUCUUAUACACAGACAAAUAAGAAAAGGGAUAGAGACGGAGACACGAGGCCACCGCCGCGGAUACUGACUGUUCCGAGUUCUACCGUCCAAUCAACCAAACCUACCGACGCCGGAGUAGGGUUAAGGGAAGUCUAGAUCGAAAACCCCUCCGAUGGCGUUGAAAUUUCUGAACAAGAAGGGAUGGCACACGGGGAGCCUUCGGAAUAUCGAGAACGUAUGGAAGGCCGAGCAGAAACAUGAUGCGGAACAAAAGAAGUUGGAGGAGCUCCGCAAGCAGAUCCAGGAGGAGAGAGAGCGCGCCGAGUUUCGAGAACUCCAGGAACAAGCCGGACUCGUUCCGAGGCAAGAGAGAUUGGAAUUUUUGUAUGAUUCUGGAUUAGCUGUGGGGAAGAGUAGUGGGUUUAAGGCUCUUGAAUCCUUGCCCACCAAGACCGAUCCUCCUGAUUCAACAGCUGCCUCUUCUUCUGCUUCCAAGCAGCCACAAUCAUCAGCGCCUGGUGCCUUAUUUGAAGAUAAACCACAAUCUGCCAAUGACACUUGGAGGAAACUCCAUUCAGAUCCUUUGCUAUUAAUUCGUCAAAGGGAGCAAGAUGCUUUAGCUCGUGUGAAGAACAAUCCAGUACAGAUGGCCAUGAUUAAGAAAUCUGUUGAAGCAAUGAAGCAAAAGGAUAAGACUCAUGAAAAAGAUGGGGAGAAGCACAGAAAGAAGCAUCAUCAUAAGAAGUCUAAGCAUCACAAAAAGUCAAAGCGCCGUAGUUCAAGUUCAGAUGAAGAUUCAAGUGAUGGGGAAGAACGAGGGAAGAGAGAUAGACAUAGGGACCAAAAACACAAAGAUAUGCAGACUAGAGAGUCAGAUGAAGAUUCAAGUGAAGGGGAUUACCGAGGGAAGAGAGAUCAACAUAGGGACCGAAAACACAAAGAUAUGCAGACUAGAGUGUCAGAUUUGAAAUCUGACAGAGAGCGUGGUGAUUAUAGACGUAAGAGCAACCAUGAUAGUAGUGAUUACGGGCAGAGAGAAUCUGGUGAUGCAAGGGAGAGAAGAGAGCAUAGAGACUUCACACGAAGAGACGCUGUACAUUCUUCAGAUACAGCACCAAAGCGUGAAGCAAACAAGCGCAGGAAUCCCGUUAGACUUUCUGAAGAAGAGAGAGCUGCCAGGCUGCGGGAGAUGCAGCUAGAUGCUGAGCUGCACGAGGAGCAAAGAUGGAAAAGGCUAAAGAAGGCAGAUGAAAAUGAUGCGAAGGAAGCUGUUGGUGCUCACUCAACAGGUGGAAGAAAUUUCCUGGAUGCUGCCCAUAGAAGCAUAUAUGGGGCUGAGAAGGGAGGAAGCACCACCAUAGAAGAGAGUGUGCGGCGCCGGACGCAUUAUCUGCAAGGGAGAUCAGAAGCAACCGAACGGAAUGCCUUUAGGAGGUAGGAUGAUAAUAAUAAUAGUUAUCUCCAGUCCUAGGUGUUGGUGUGACAAAUUGAGUGUAACUUCACAAAAAUAUGUACCAUCCAUAUUAGUUGUUUAUGAGCAUGAAACCUUUUAAUUUCUCUGUAAAAUGUAUUGCCUGCAUUUCAUAAGAACAUGGAAUUUAUGGAAGUCUAUGCAUGAUGCCUUAAUAUCUUAUAAUGAAUCACUUAAUCUGUUUGGGUGAUCA